AUCAGUGAGUGGCGCUAUAGAUCGACUUCCAGAAAAGAAGUAUAAACGCAGUACAGAGUCUUGACGCCGAUCGGUCCUGUCCAUGGCGGAAGACAAGCCAAAACCUCGGCCAAUUAUCCGUAUCGGCCUUUUCCUCAUCUCUCACAGCCUUCUAGUCAGUGUUGUUUGCUGUACAGCAGGGGUUUUGUCUCUUUUGCUGUUGCCUGUUCUUGGGAAGAAUACUUACAUUUCAGAAAAUGCACUCAUGCCUGGUUCUGCCAGACCUAUGCUCUCUAACGAUGACGUUUCAGAAGGAGAGAGAUUCAUGAACCAGAUAUUACGUUUCGAUACUAUGAACACAGGCAUGGAAAUUCCAGAGAUGAUAACAGCCCAUAUAAUGGAUUUGGGUGGUGAAGUUAGUCAUCACAAGUUUCUACCGCAAUUUAAUAAAUUUCAUCCACUGCACUUCUUUUUGGGUCCUGAUGCAGGAACAAUCCCAGAGAAUUACAGUUGUUCAUCUUAUGGGAUCAAUACAGUUGGCAUAAUUAGAGCUCCACGUGGUGAUGGGAAGGAAGCUAUAGUAUUGGUUACACCUUAUAAUUCUUUGAAGAUUACAAGGGCCGAGGCUUUAUCACUGGGAAUUGCUUAUGCAUUGUUCUCUCUACUUGCUCAAGUUACUUGGCUUUCUAAGGAUAUUGUGUGGCUUGCUGCCGACUCAAGACAUGGAGAAUACACUGCAGUUGCUUCAUGGCUGCGAGACUAUCAUACAGCCUCAUUUGGUGACUUGAAGCAUUCUGAAAUUUGUGCUGCAAGUAAUUUGUCCAAGAUGGAAACAAUGCAUAAUAGCUUCCGACAUGCUGGCACAAUGGCAGCUGCUCUUGUCAUUAAGGUUACCAAUAGAAGCACUGAAUUCGAGAAGGAUGCUCUUACAAUAUAUGCCGAAGCAUCCAAUGGACAGAUGCCAAACCUAGAUCUUAUCAAUAUUGUGAAUUAUUUAGCAGUACAUGCGCAGGGUUACCGGGUGAAGGUGGAGAAAAUAUGGUCAUUGCUCAAUGUUUGGUGGCUGAAGAGUCUCGGACAAUUGAUUGAAAUGCUAGGAAAAUUGGCUGGAAGCUUAAAUCCUCAAUGGAAUUUUGGUAUCCCUGUUUCAGAGUAUGUUGAAUGCACUGCUACUCUAGCCAGUUCCCUGUACAACCAGGCAUUAGGUGUCCCUACUGGUCCCCAUGGUGCCUUUCGUGAUUACCAGGUGGAUGCCAUUACUAUGGAGAUCUCACCGAAGUUCUCUUCAAGUCUUAAUAAUCGACAAUAUGAGAUCCUUUUGCAUGUUGGAAGGUUGGUUGAAGGAGUUGUCAGAUCGGUAAAUAAUCUUCUUGAGAAGUUUCACCAAUCCUUUUUUCUCUAUCUCUUAACAUCGCCAAGUAGAUUUGUGUCGGUUGGAGUCUACAUGAUCGCUUUCGCAUUGCUUGUUGCUCCUCUUCCACUAGUUGCCGCUUCUCUUUUUUCUGAUGCUACUAAAUCAAACCCUGAUGCGGAGGAAGAUAAAUCUGCUUCUAAACCAGCCUCUACUCUCCAACCUGCCCCUACUUUUACAUCGUGGAAAUGGCUUUACGCUGCCAAACAAGUCCUCGUUGUCCACUUAUGGAGUGCCAUUGUAACAUUACUUCCUUAUUUCGUUGAUCAAAUACCUGACUCUUCACCAACUACUAAGCUUUCAAUUUGGAUCGUGCUUUCAAUAAUUACCCUCCUGUUCUUAGAUUCAUUCUCUGGAUCCUCAUUUCCGAGCACCAUUCGAUCUCGGGAUACAGAAUGGAUUCUCCUGAAGUCGGUAACUGUUGCAGCCACCUUCAUUGGUCUGUGUCUUAUGUCAGUCAUAAACUUCGCAACAGCAGAAAUUGGAGCAUUGUUUCUCGUUCCAAUGUGUUUGACAGCAGUACCCUUGAGGCUAGACAAUAAAGUGAAUACUUUGAGAGCUCUUAUCCGGGGAGCUUGUAACGUAAUCUUUAUAUUUGUCGGGUUUCCUGUAACUGUGUUUUUUGUGUUGAAAGGUGCAUUAGAAGGUUUUGACAACAUGAGAUUUGGGGACUUUUGGAAUUGGGCUGAGUCCCUGUGGGCAUGGAACAGUGCCACAUAUAUCUAUAUGUGUAUGGUUCACCUGCCUUGCUGGGUAUUGUGUAUUCAGACAUUAUUACAUCGUUUUUAAUGGUUUCCAAUUGUUUGUUUGUGGAAAUUGUUCCAGAUAAACUCAAUGUCAUGUACUUUAUUGUAGAAGACAGGCUUUUGCUUGGAUGUUUACAUGAUGGUGCGAAUUCUCUUUUGGAGUCUUAA